AUGGCCUCAGCACGUAUGCAACGCUGGGCACUGAUUUUAUCCGGUUUUAAUUACACCGUUGAACAUGUUAAGGGAGUGCAAAAUGAAGCUGAUGCUAUUUCUAGAAUGCCCCAAAGAAAUUUUGAGAGCAAUAAUAUUGAAUAUUCCUAUAUAAAUUUCAUAGAAAAUGAGGAAAAUUUCAACUUGAAUUUCAAGACUGUAUCUCGUGAAACGAGACGUGACACUGUUUUGUCAAAAGUAGUAGAAUGUAUUGCAAGUGGAACCCUGCACAAUUUAAAAGAUGAUUUGUAUACGCCAUAUCGUGAAAAAGAUACACAACUUUCUGUCGAAAAUGAUUGCGUUCUGUGGGGAUACAGAAUCGUAAUUCCAGAGAAACUGAGAUCUGCAAUCUUAACAGAAUUACAUCGUUCCCAUUUGGGAAUUGUAAAAACAAAGGCUUUGGCUAGAUCGUAUAUAUGGUGGCCUGGUCUUGAUAAAGAUAUCGAAGAUUUAAUCAGGAAUUAUAUUCAUUGUCAAAAAUUGCAAUCCAGCCCGGAAAAGAGCAGCCUAAUUCCAUGGGUGUCUGAUGGUUCUGUGUGGAGCAGAAUACACAUUGAUUAUGCUGGCCCGAUUAAAAAUUUUCAUUUCUUCAUUAUCAUCGAUGCUUUUUCAAAAUUCGUCGAAGUAUUUAAAACCAAAGAUUUAACAACUGCUUUUACAAUUAGAAAGCUGAGAGAACUGUUCUCACGCUAUGGUUUGGUUGACACGCUCGUUAGUGACAACGGACCACAGUUCACAUCAUAUGAAUUCAAGAAUUUCUUGGCCUUAAAUGGUAUAAAACAUGUCUUGACUCCUCCGGGACAUCCGUCCACAAAUGGUCAAGCAGAAAAUUUUGUCAAAACUUUUAAAAAGUCUAUUUUAGCAAAUUUAGACCAAAACAAAGAUGCCAAUUUGGAUCAAAUAUUAUGUCGUUUCCUAAUGGAUUACAGAAACAUGAAACAUUGCACAACAACUGAAUCUCCAGCUAUGCUGUUCUUUGGCAGGAAACUGAAAACCAGAUUUAGUCUUCUAAAACCCCCAACAACAAAACAAAACAUACUUAAGUCUCAAGACAACAACUUAGUUCAUCACAACGGUAAUCGCAAAGAGUUUUUUUUUGAAGGUGAAACUGUGUUAGUACGCGAUUAUCGAAAUCCAAAUAAACCUAGUUGGACUAAGGCAAAUGCCUUUAAAUUCGACCAACGUUUCCAUAUGAAGACUUUCAUCCAAAAAUAUGACCAGGGAUUAUUCCUUAAUAGAGCUGGCCUGCUCCUUCAAUGCGAUGGUUUCGAUUCCGUUGGCCGCUUGGGGUUUCCUUCAAAGCAAGACACAAACGCAGCACCACGUUCAAACAAUACCGUCACUAAGUAUCAUUACUUACGUUGUUAA